AGGGGAAUCGAAGACGAGAGAGCGUGGAUCACCCAAAUAAUUAUCAAACCCUAAUAUAGGCGCCGGUUGGGAAGCAGAGAGAGGAGAGCGGGAGCCAUGACCGGGAAGGCAAAGCCGAAGAAGCAUACGGCGAAGGAGAUAGCGGCGAAGGAGGACGCGGCGACGACCAAUCGCGGCGGGGGGCUGGCUGGGAAGGCCGAUCGGACGGGGGAGGUCAAGGGUGGGCAUGCCAAGUUUGCGUGCCCGCUCUGCAAGGUCACUGCCCCCAGCAUCAAAACCAUGGAGAUCCACCAUGAGUCCAGGCACCCUACUAUCACAUUCGAUGGAUCAAAGGUCACAAAUCUCCACGCCCUUCUCGGCGACACUUCCAAGCCCAAACCUGGCGUCCGUGGCAGUCUUAAGAAGUGAAUGAAAAAGCUUCUCGCCCGUUUAAUUGUUUUGCUUUUACUGCUUCUUCGUGAUGAUCCAAUCUGUACCACCAUCUAUUGUCUACAAGAUCAUGAUUAUAAUUAAUCGUGAACCUGAUUCUGCUUGUGUUGUAACUGGUUAUGAAUUACUGUUUCUGGCAGUUAGUCACUCGUUCUGAAAUAACCAUUCCUCCUGUCUUUGUUAUUUUGAUUGUUAUGAAUAUAUUAUCAAGUGUUUGAGUGCAUCCCUGAAAUUCGCAAUCUUAUCUUUACCAUCAAUGAAGUAUUUUUUCUUGU